GUGUCCAGAGGAGGCUCUUCUUAAGACUCUACAGAUGGACUCGAGCAGCCUUUGCCAGGGUGACAUUGCUGAGCCUUUGACCCUCAGUCUGAAUGAAGCACAGUUGGAUAUACUGGGGCGGCGGGUCAGGAAGGAGUCCUGGUCAGUUUUGGACAAGUUGAGGUCAGAGCGAUGGUGUUCUGGUCCCCGGCUGAAGAGCUGCUUCUUCUCCUGUGUUCCUGUGUUGUCGUGGCUGCCUCGUUACUCCCUCAGACAGAAUGCCAUCGGAGACCUCGUCUCAGGCAUCAGUGUGGGCAUCAUGCACCUGCCCCAGGGGUUGGCCAAUGCCAUGCUGGCCGCUGUGCCCCCGGUGUUUGGCCUCUACUCCUCUUUCUACCCCAUCCUCCUCUACUUCAUCUUCGGGACAUCCAAACACAUCUCAGUGGGUACAUUUUCCAUUCUUGCCAUCAUGAUUGGGACAGUGCUGGGUGAUCUGAAGUUGCUAGGCAACAGGGGGGAUGCAAGUGAGAGUGACGCUGACAUGGCCAGAGUGAGUGCGGCAGCUCAGCUCACCAUCAUGUGUGGACUCAUACAGAUGGUGCUGAGUGUGCUGCACUGUGGGGGUGUGUGUCGCUGGCUCUCCCGGCCAUUAGUUGGGGGAUACACCACUGCAGCGGCCAUCCACGUCACCAUCCACCAGCUACCUCUGCUGGCAGGCAUCGCCAUAGACCGGCAUGCAGGGGUCUGCGCAGUGUUCUGGAUGUUGGGAGAUGUUUUGUCUGGAUUGGACAACGCGUCGCCUGGGGCGUUAAUUGUCUCUGCUGUUUCCAUGGUAACUCUGGUCGGGGGAAAGGUGCUCAACAGCUACUUCAAAAAACACCUACCCAUGCCUAUUCCAUGGGAACUAGUACUGGUCAUUUUGGCCACCAUCUUGUCUUGGCAGCUGGAUCUCUUGGGAAAUUACAGAGUUCAGGUGGUGGGGACAGUACCCACAGGUCUGUCCGCUCCCUCUCUUCCACCUCUGUCCCUCUCUCAGGACCUGCUGCUGCCAGCAUUCGCUCUGGCUGUGGUUGGCUUCGGUUUCACUGCCUCCCUGGGAACCAUGUUUGCCCUGAAGCAUGGCUACACCAUCGACAGCAACCAGGAGCUGUUGGCGAUGGGUCUGUGCAACUCUAUAGGAGGGGUGUUCCAGUGCUUUGCAGUCAGCACGUCUAUGUCCCGCAGUAUGGUGCAGGAGAGCACUGGUGGAAAGACUCAGGUGUCUGCCCUGGUGUCUGCCCUGUUGAUGCUGGUCAUCCUGCUGAAGGUGGGGGCCCUGUUUGAACAGCUGCCAAAGGCUGUCCUGGCUGUUAUCAUUCUGGUGAAUCUGCAGGGGAUUUUUGUUCAGGUCAAGGAUGUGCCGGCGCUGUGGGCCACAGACCGUGUAGACCUGUGUGUAUGGGUAGUGACAGCUCUGUGUGCCCUGGUCUUUAAUCUGGAUUUGGGGCUGGGUGCAGCGAUGGCCUUCAGUGUGUUGACGGUGGUGUUCCGGACACAGCGCUCCCAAUCCGCUGCUCUUGGGGUCAUUCCAGGGACAGAUUGUUAUAGAGACCUCAAGCUGUUCUCAGAGGCCAGACAGAUCCCUGGGGUGACCAUAUUCUCCUUUUGUAACCCUAUCUACUAUGCCAACAGUGAUCCUUACUUCAACUCAUUAGAAGAGGUUAUCCAAAGAGGCCUAGAAGAGAAUGCCUGCCCCAGUGAGGCUCCUCCAGGCCAGCAGACAGAGGUGCGGCAGCACUGUGUGAUCCUGGAGCUCAGUGGGGUCAGCUUCAUGGACUCUGUGGCAAUGAACAAGCUGAGAACAAUGGUGAAGGAGUGUGGAAACCAGGGGAUCUGGGUAUUACUUGCUGCCUGUCCAGAUGGACUCCUCACUCAGCUCCAGACUCAGGGUUUGGUGCCUGUGUGUGUUUCCUGUUCCUCUCUCUUUCCUUCUGUUCACCAUGCAGUACAACACUGCCACCAUACACUGCUAUCUGUGAGUCCUUCACACAACACUGCCACCAUACACUGCUACCUGACGCCACGGUCAGCGAGGUCUGAUGCUGACCCUGUCUCUCAUUGCUCAUGUCCAUCAGAAGCUAAUGCUCAGGAGAGCUAUGACACACACCUGGCACUUGGCUGUCCACCUUAACAUUCAGACCUCAAAUCUGAAACCACAAACAGGUUUCGGUAUUUGCAGUGAGAACAGGGGGUGGGACCAAUUAGCUCAUUUAUGGUUAUGGUUAUGGUUAUUGUAUUUAUUGACAGUGCAAUGGGUAGUUAAUAAAUAGUCACACUUUUCAGAGGAACAUGACAGAGGUUGGCGUUACAGGACAGCUGGUCGUUUAUGUUUUCUGAAGAAUAUCUAUGGAAAUAUUGGUGCGGCUUUGAAGGAAUGCAUGUACAGGUACCUCCUCACCUGUGCACAGGCCCAGCCAUGUUUACCCAUAUGUCUGUGCACAUGGAGUUCAAAUAGCACAAUAACUUUGCCUAGUUAUUAGCUGAAGCUCACGUGGGAUGCACAUUGCCUGCCACGUUGUGUGUCAUGGAUUUAGGCCCUCAGUGUUCAGACGCAUCAAGAGACUGUGGAUCAGUCUGUCAGUCUGUCAGUCUGUGCCUCUGACGCCAUGUCUGUCUUUCUGUCUCUGGGCCUGUCUCAGAAGCCAUCUGGAUAGGCUUUUGUUUUAUCCCACCCUGAUGUGACUCAAUAGACAACAGGGUGUGUAUGUUUGAAGUGUGUGUGUGUGUGUAUGUGUGUAUGUGUGUGUGUGUGUGUUGCUUUAGAUCUGAGUCAGAACUUUUGUGAUGUCAUCGUGGGAGUACAAUUUUUCUAUAAUAUUGUCAUUGCGUCAUUGUUUCUGUAGUCACUAGACAUAUUAAGCAUUUAUUUUCUAAUUAAAAGUUUUGUGUGCGUGCGUGCGUGCGUGUUUGAGAGAGAGAGUGUGUGUUUGAGUGUGAGUACCGGUAUGCAUAUGUGUGUGUCUACAUAGAUAAUUUAUAAGUUCUCUGUGAGUUUCCUACCCCUUUCGGUAACACUUUACUUGACGGGUGAGUUCAUUACACAUUCAUAGCAGCUGUCAUAAACUGCACAUAAAGCA